AUGUGCUCUCAUGGACACUCGCAUAACUGUGCCUCAGAGCACAUUCCAGAAGGUUCUGGAGACGACGUUCAUCGAUAUGAUAUGGUCAGCUAUAUUGACCUAGACAAGGUUACAACUCUCAAUGAAUCAAUUGAUGGAGCAGGAAAGAAAGUUUUCAAAGUGAUGGAAAAUCGAGAUGACAGAACCGAAUUCGUCGAAAGUGAUUGUGACCACGAGCUUCUGUUCAAUAUUCCGUUCACAGGUCAUGUUCGUAUCACUGGUCUUUCGAUAAUCGGAGACGAAGAUGGAUCACAUCCUGCCAAAAUUCGUUUAUUCAAAGAUCGAGAUGCGAUGGCAUUCGAUGAUUGUAGUAUCGAGGCCGACCAGGAGAUUGAUCUGAAACAGGAUCCACGUGGACUAGUGGAUUAUCCUCUCAAAGCAUCAAAGUUUGGAAACAUCCACCAUCUUUCAAUUCUGGUGUCUGCGAAUUUCGGAGAGGAUGAGACGAAAGUGUAUUACAUCGGACUUCGGGGAGAGUUUCAGCACGAGUUCAGACAGAGAGUUGCUAUUGCCACAUAUGAGUCACGCGCACAACUGAAGGAUCAUAAGAACGAAAUUCCAGACAGUGUGACCAGAAGUCUCUUCUAA